GAAAAACAGGUUAAGUCAAGUCUGAAAGCAGUUUUUGUAUCAAACGUAUUUAAAAUUAAAAAGUUGAUUGUGUGGACGCACAAAGCUAUUUAAUAGAAAUGAUAAAUUUCAAUUAUAUUCCAAAGAGUGUAUUAGUCUCUACUAUCAGUUGAUAAUUUUGUGUUCUCUCUGAGAUCAUCAUGCAUUUUUCUAUACCAGAAACGCAAGAAUUGAAAGAUGCCAAACAAGGACAAACAUUUGUUGCUUACAUUAUUCAUGCUAAUGGGUCUUUACAUUGCCUUCUCCGUUAUAAACAAUUGUUAAAUUUCCACGAACAAUUGAAAAAACAAUUCGGAUCAAAUUGUUUACCUUAUUUUCCACCCAAACGUUUACUUCCUCUCAAUCAAACUCAAGUAGAGGAGAGAAGAAUCCAACUGGAAAAGUAUCUGCAGAUCAUUAGUCAAGAUGAUCGAAUUAGUAAAAGUGAUUAUUUCAAUAGUUUUCUCCUACAUGCUCAACAAGAAACUAACAAUUGUGCGCCGGAAGAUGUUGAUCUAGAUAUUUACCUGAUGAAUUGGGAAAGUAUUCGAGUAAAAGUAUUGAAAACUGACAAGACCUCCAACGUGCUAGAAUCUGCUAGUAGAUCCAUUCAACUAUCAAUCGAGAAGAUGUGCUAUUUUUCAUUGUUCAUUGUUCGCCAAGAGGAAGCCAAUUUUAUAAUUUUACGUCGACUCAUGGAUUUUGAAUCUCCUUAUCUCACUUUGAAAAAUUUUAAUACCAAUUGUAAUCAUCAUCGACUUGUUAUGCGAAAAAACUAUUGGGACUCUUCUUUUGACGAUAUUUUGAUGGAUGAUAAAGUUAGCUUCAAUCUAUUGUAUUCACAGACUAUCAUUGAUAUUGAAAGAGGCUGGAUAAAAGUGAAUAAGGAUGUUGAAAAGCAACUUUCCAAUCUAAAAUCUAAAGGUUCCAAGAGAGAGCUAAUCGAGCUUGCUAAAACAUUGAAAUUCUAUGGCUACAUUCAAUUUGAACCCUGCAUUUGUGAUCAUCCUUCUCCAAACACUAGCGUAAUAGUUAAUGCUGGUGGUAAAGAAUUAGUCAUUACUACGAUUGGUUCAUCGAACAAGGCCACUGAAUAUGUUUUCCGUGUCACUCGAAUUCGCUGUUGGAGACUGACGACAUGUUUAGACGACGAUAAAACGGAAUUUAACGCAAAAAAUGUCAACAAGUUAACUCGCUUCGAAUUAUCAUUUGAGUAUCUGUUUAACAAAGAUUGUUUGAAAUGGAUUACGAUCAAAAGUGAUCAACAAUCGAUUCUCAUGAGCAUGUGUUUGAGAGGUAUGGUGGAAGAAUUAUUAAUGAAAAGAAAAGGUAUCAAUGGCAAAGACGAUGGGAAUCUCUCUCAAGGCUUAUCAAAGCUUAGCAUCAAAAAAGAUUCUUACCAGUAUUUGAAACGUGAUGGCACAAGUCAACCAAUCAAUCUUCCUAAAUCUGUAACUACCGACAAUUUUAUAAAUUGCUCUAAUCAAACUAGAAUGCGAAGAGUAAGUAUUCUAUCUUACCUUUCACAAUCUCUCAACGGAGUUAUCAGGGUGCGACCAUCUGUGGCCAACGACGCUUUUGAUGGUAUUGGUGACGACGAUUUAUAGACUUUAUGACAGGAGAAAAAAGUUAUUUUCAAAGUUAUUAUUAAUAUAUUACAAUCUAGAAAAUUGUAAUACAAGCAUAACAACGAAAAGCCAUUCCCUUGCUUCAAGACUUCAUUUUUCUUCAGUUAGUCCAGCAUUUAGCAGUUCAUUUGGAUUUAAUUGAAAUACUGAAACGAAUUAACUAUAAAACAACACUUCUGUCCUCCAGGAGUAUAAAUUGAAUCUCUAUUCUACCACUAAGUAAUCAAUAUAUCGCCAAAAUCAAUAUUAUCUAUCUUUCUUGACUAUCUUUUCAUGACUUCAUUUCCCUCCCUUCAUUUUUGUAUAAUUGUAUAUCGCCUAACAGUACACAUAACAUGUGUGCUUAAUACACUAAAUAAAUAAGAAAAUAUUAAAUAAUACA